AUGGCAAAGAAGAAGCCAGCAACAGGCCACUUCAACGCCGCCCGCUUCCCAGAAGCCAUCGCCGCCUACUCCCAAGCCAUCGCCCUCAACCCCGACAACCCCGCCUAUCUCGCCAACAGGGCCGCCGCACUCAUGGCCACCAGAAACUACCCCGCAGCACUCGCCGACAUGCAGCUCGUCACCUCCCCCCGCUUCCCCAGCCCCCCCACCCCCAAAAACAUCCUCAGACUCGUCCGCUGCCACCUCCCCCUUGGGCAGCUCUACCACGCCCGCCAGGCACUCAAACAGCUCCUCGAACACGCCCCCGAGUCCCCAGACGCCCGGAAGGAGGACCGCCGCCUGGCCAAGCUCGACACCAUCCUCAACACCCUCAGGCGCGACCGCGAGCGCCAGGACUGGAGCAUGCUGCUCAUCGGCCUCGACAGGCUCCAGAAGGAGCUCGACGCAGGGCCGCUCAAGGCCAAGGACUGGCUCGUCUGGAAGGCCGAGGCCCUGUGUGGCCAGAAGAAGUGGGACGAGGCCAAGGCCAUCUGCAACGAGCUCGUCCGGGCCUGCCCCUCCGACCCCGAAGGCCUGUACUGUCGCGCCAAAGUCAUGUAUUCCCAGGGAAACCUGACAGCCACCGUUUCCCACUGCCAAGAGGCCAUGCGCUGCGACCCGGACUUGGCAAAUGCCCGGACCCUCCUCCGCCAGGCCCGAACCAUCGAGAGCUUGAAGGAGGCAGGGAACACCGCAUUCAAGGCCGCAGACUACAAGACGGCGAUCGACAAGUAUCUCGAAGCGGGCUCGGUCGACCCGGCCAACGAAAGCCUGGCGAUCACCCUCGACAGCAACCGGGCCCAGGCCCUGCUCAAGAGCGCGCUCUUCCCCGAGGCCAUCGACCUCUGCUGCAAGAUCCUCAGGACCGACAAGAACCAUUUCAAGGCCCUCAGGACCAGGGCCAGGGCCAGGAAGGCACACAACGAGCUCCGGCCCGCCCUGGCUGACUUCGAAAACGCCGCCAAGAUCGCACCUACCCCCAAGGAGAAAUCUGAGAUCCUCAACGACAUCAAGAACACCAAGAUCUUGAUCGCCCGUGGGAAAUACGUCGAUCAUUACAAGGUGCUGGGAGUAUCCCGGAAUGCAUCCGACGACGAGAUCAAGAAAGCGUUCCGCAAACAGUCGCUCAUCCACCACCCCGACAAAGGCGGCAACGAGGAAAAAUUCAAAGAAGUCAACGAGUCCUACACGGUCUUGCAGGACGCCCAGGCCAGGCGCCGGUUCGACAUGAUCGAUCCGGAUAAUCCGGACGCAGGCGCGGCCGACAUGUUCGGCGGAUUCGGCGACGACGACGACGCCGACCAGAUGCCGUUCGGAUGGGACGGACUCUUCGGCCAUUCCGCACGCGCUCAUGCCCACGCACAUUCCCAUCACCACCACCACUCCUUCACCAGCGCCACCUCGAACCCCUUCUUCACUCACUCCACCCGGGGCUUCUGA